UUCCGAUAGGGGUUUUCCCACUGUUGGCACGCAAGUUAUUUUCAGGCCAGAAAAUGCAUCGCUUUGAUUGACAGGUCAAGAGAUGAGUUGAGCAGGAACGUAACUGAAAAGCCCACCAUCUUCACCUGACACUAUGGAAUAUCAGCAUUUGAACCACUUGUCUCUGAGUGAACGCCUCUACCACAGAAUCAAGGCUCGGUUUGCGGAACUUGUUGAUCCAAGACAUUUACUGUUGCAUCUCACUCUGUCUAUAGCCGAUGAGGAAGAAGUGUUGGCACAUCAGAAGACUGACGGCCAACAGAAUGCUGCAGCAUUUCUCCUGACAAAGAUCUAUCGCUACUGUGACUGGUUUGACUGUCUACUAAAGGCGCUGAGACACCCCGAGGUCGGGCUCGGGUAUCUAGCAGACGAGUUUGAGCAAUUAAGAGCGGAAGUUUUAGUUUUGGUUGACAUAAACCAAGUAACCUUUGCUAAUCCUGAUCGUACGGACACAACCCUGUCAUGCGAGGAACCGAUGGAAGUGGAUUCUGACUGCCCACCAUCACAGCAAGAAAUGUCCCCUCCAACUCCUGAUAAAAUGCGUUCUUAUCACCAACUCUACAACAGCCAGCAGAUGGACAUUAACACAUAUAACGGUCAUAAACUGGCUGCAUUUAAAAAUGUGGUAAAGAUAUUAUUCACUGAUUUGGUGCAACAUCCUGGCCAGAUCCCUGAAAUGCUGGAUCACCUGAAGCAGAUAUCCCAAGUUACUUUUGCUGGAGCGCAGUAUGGAUGCCUGGAACUUCUGCUGAGAUUUGACAGUCUCAGCACUCUGCAGGUCUUUGAAGAAUACUACAAAGGGGGAGCACUCCAAGAUGCUUUAGAAAAAGACAUCUUGUCAGCAGACCAGACAACAAAGUUAGUGAUGUCUGCCAAGGAGUAUGGGUUGACAAUCAAGUCGAUGCAUAUUCACGUCUCCAUAAGAGAAGAGGAGUUCACAGAGUGCGCCAGAUAUCUCAGAUCUGUGCAAGAUUCCACUCCAAGAAGACAUUUUGUAGAAGCCAUUGCCUACCCGCUGUCCUGUGAUGGUAGUAUGCACUGUGACCCAUUGGAAAGUCAACACAGUUGGCCACCGGUCUAUCAGAAUCUGCUCCACGAUGCCUUGGCUCUGACUCCCUAUCCUCUUGGCAACAUGCCAGAAAUUGUGAAGUGCUUGGAAGUAGCUGACCUUGUCAAACAUGUACUUUGGUUUAUUCAAAGACAUUUUAAGCUAGAAGGUGCACUGUUGACUGAUGUGCAAAAUAUUUUGUUUGUCAUGUUAAGCCAUGGUGGAGAUAUUGUAUCCAUGUAUUCUGAAGCUGAUGUCACAAGAAUAGGGGGAAGUGUACCCAUAGAAUUACCAGAGUCCAGAUACCAGGUUACUACUGAUUUACAGAAGUUGCUUCAUACAGGAAUUCUGAAACCUGUAGCAGAUAUGGAGAAUGCUUACACAUUUUCUAGCACACUUCUCAUGGACUAUAUCGCACACACGGACUUCAAUUCAUUUCAGAAACUGCCUAUCACUUCUGGUGGCUACCAUCAUAUAUUUCAUGCUCACAGUCUUCUUAAUGAAGAAAACCUGCACUCUGAUAUCUGGAUGUUGUCACUAGCAGAGUCCAAGCCCUUACAACAGCUGGACUUGGUCACACUGGCUGUGUCAUGGGGCAGACAGCACUCGAGUUCUCAAGCAGUGAACUUUGUGCAAGAUGUACUGAAGUUUAAUGUACUAGAUUUGCGUGAUGAACAUGUGGUAAGAGCCAUGAGACAUUUGAGGAAAGAUCUGAAAAUGCUGCAGUCACUUCAGGUUAAAAUCUGUUCUGCAGACACUGCCGACACUGUCAGCAAUAUUGUCAAUGAACUGGUACAGGUAUCACCAAAGCAGGUUGUCAGUUUAGCAGUAAAAGUUUCUGACCUCUCUGUGAUCGAAUUUGAUGCCAUUUUGAGGGUCCUUUAUGUGUUUGAUCUUGGACCAAGCACACGAAUGGACAAAGAGAAGGAAAAUAAUUUUCGGUCAAAUCAGAGUCUGUUUCUUAAGAAGACUGGAGAUCGGGCAGAUGCAAGUCCAUCAUUUCAUUUUGACUUUUCUCACAUGUCACUGGGAACAGAGAAAGUUAACAAACUUUGCCUUUAUUUGCCAGGUAUGCAGCACAUAAGUAAAUACAUCUUCAAUCAUGCAAAGCUCAACAGAAAAAGUACCAUACAUUUGUUGUCAGUUAUGGACCCUGCUGUUGUGAAAGGCCUCUCUUUGACCCACUGCCCACUGGACAUGCUAUCUGGACCACUUGGUCUAUCGAAACUGGCAAAGUUGGAAUAUCUAGACCUCGAAAAUACAAGCAUGGAAGAUGGUGGCGUGCAUGCUUUGGAACAAGACCUAAAAGGUCUACAUAACCUGAAAGAGCUCAAUGUUGGAUGCAACAACAUCAGCCUUGUGGGGUUGCUUCAGCUGUCCUCAAUGCUCCUAGAAAAGAAGAAUCUGUUUGCUCUUCGAGUCCAUGGCAAUCAAUUUGGAGUGGCUGCAGGCCCCAUCCUUGGAGUCCUUCUCUCCAAGAUACCAACAUUGGAGGUCCUCAGUGUGUGGGGCUGUGACCUCCAGGAUGAUGGUAUGGCCCAGUUGGCCACAUUCUUUCCUCUGCAGACUGGGCUGAAACGACUUUCACUUCGAGAUAACAACAUCCAGGGAAGCACUUCCAUCCAGGUAUUUGAGAGUCUGGCAAAAUGUCACUCCCUUCACUUUCUUGAUUACAAUAACAACACACUCAUUCCACAGGAUGAAGAAGCUGAACCAGAAGCUAUUUCUAAGGCUGUUCUCAAAACUCUCACAGGGUCAGAAUUUUGGGACUAUCUCAGCUUCUGGAACUGCAAUCUUAGCCAGUCGACCAUCUUUGAUGACUCCACCCAGCUGAAGAGUCUUCACACAGUUACCCAUUUAUGCCUGCAGACAAACCAGAUUGAUGAUAUUAUGGCCAAGAAGCUGAGUGCAUACUUUCAGGACUCAAAGUACUUGCAGCAUGUGAAUUUGCGAGAGAAUCAGAUUGGGGAUUCAGGUGCUGUUCUCUUGGCGUCUGCUUUGGCUGGCCACAAACAUCUGAGGGAGCUGUGGAUGGACUGGAAUAUGUUUGGGUACACCGGCGCAGACAGGCUAAUAGAGCUUGCUUUAAGCCUUCCCAGCCUGGAGGACUGCAAUCUGUCUUCAAGUUAUCAACUGGCUCCACCAGAGAAACAUCACCUGCUCAGGAAGGUGGGAGUGGUGGUCAUCUUCGAUGAGGUGUUUGAAGCACGACGAGACAAGCUGAUAGUUCUCUUGUAAUAAAGACAGGCUGAUCGUUCUUUUGUAAAGACAGGCUGAUAGUUCUUUUGUAAAGACAGGCUGAUAGUUCUUUUGUAAAGACAGGCUGAUAGUUCUUUUGUAAAGACAGGCUGAUAGUUCUCUUGUAAUAAAGACAAGCUGACUCUGGCGGCAAUUGCAGUAGUGUGAUGUGAAUUGGCAAGGUUUUGUUGCUGCUGGAUAAACAUUGUUGCUGUCUGUUGAGUUUGGUUGGUUUUUAAUAUGCUGGGCCAUGGACUAAUAAGGCUCAAAACUUCCAUUUUGCCUUUGGCAAAAACCUUUCAGAAUUGCUGAAGAUAACAAAUUCUUAAAUUGGAGCCCUGAGAAUGAAAGCACAGCCUGUGUAUUGAUCUGAAUUAAAACCUGUUAGUACU